AUGGACCUGAGCCGCUUUGAUAUAGACUCUCCCCGGUGGGACCAGAGCACGUUUAUGGGCCGACUGAAACACUUCUUUAACAUCACAGACUGUCGGACGGUCCUGCUGUCUGAUGCCAGGCUAGACGAGGCCAAAGAACUGGUGGAGAGCUGCAGAGCAGGCAGCGUCCCGCCCGGCACCACAGAGGAGCAGCUGUUCUACGCAAAGAAGCUGUACGACUCUGCCUUCCACCCAGACACCGGCGAACGCAUGAACCUGAUUGGACGCAUGUCUUUCCAGGUGCCGGGUGGUAUGGCCAUCACCGGCUUCAUGUUGCAGUUCUACAGGACGGUCCCGGCUGUGGUGUUCUGGCAGUGGGUGAACCAGUCUUUCAACGCCUUGGUCAACUAUACCAACCGCAACGCUGCAUCACCGAUCUCCAACAAGCAGAUUGGAGUGGCUUAUGCUACGGCUACAAGCACUGCCCUGGCCACAGCUGUAGGCCUCAACCUCUACACCAAGAGAGCCCCUCCCCUGGUGGCCCGCUGGGUGCCCUUCGCAGCGGUGGCGGCAGCUAACUGUGUCAACAUCCCCAUGAUGAGGCAGCAGGAGAUUCUCAACGGCAUUGCUGUGACAGACGAGAACGGCAACAAGCUGGGACACUCCAGGAAAGCUGCCAUCAAGGGCAUCACACAGGUGGUCAUUUCUCGUGUUACCAUGGCAGCCCCCGGCAUGAUCAUACUGCCCAUCAUUAUGCAGAGACUGGAGAAGCAUAAAUUCAUGCAGAGGAUCACAUUCCUCCAUGCUCCUCUACAAGUGAUGAUGGUGGGAGUCUUCCUCAUCUUCAUGGUGCCGGCAGCUUGCUCACUCUUCCCACAAAACUGUUCAAUGGCCGUGUCCAAACUGGAGCCAGAGCUGAGGAAUUCCAUUGUGUCUCAAUAUGGAGACAAAGUGCAGUAUGUCUACUUCAACAAGGGGCUCUGAUGAGACAUCCCUGGCGCAGCAUUUCUUCCCCAGAUGUCCGAUUAUCAUUUGCAGAUGAACCAGUUACAGACCAGCCCUCACCGCCUCAGCGAACCAGAAAAUAUAUUUUGUAGUAUUUCCCUGCAUGCAAUCGUCUCACCUCAGUGACUUAAUGUUUACAGUUGUCUUACAAAGAUGUUUAACGCAUCAGGAUGUUUGCACUGUGCAAAUGGGACCAUCAUGCACGUGCACGGGUGACGCAGCGCAACCUGACAGACUUGAUCUGUCUUUAUAAAGCUUUAACUGCUAUCACCUUUUUGCUGUGACACCAUAGAGCCAGUCCUCUCAGUUAUCCUUUGCUGGUGGUGUAUUGUCAGUUUUGCAAAUGGCUUUACACUGAAUAACUGAAUUGAA